AUGAGGGAGGAAGCACCGGCAUAUGAACAUGGGAUUGCGUCACCAUGGCGGAGUGAAUUUGCAGAGGAUAGGUCGUUCGAUCUGCCAUACCGACCUUCAUUAGCGAUAGUUGAUUACCAUAGCUCAGAAAGGAGAUCUGCCGAUCGAGGAUUUCGGUCACGAUUUUCAAGAGAAAAUGAAGCAUUGUGUUCCUCAGCAAGGAUGGUCGCAUCACCGUUCACUGAUGAAAUUCUGAAUGCGCCGAAUCCGAAGAAGUUUUCCAUGCCGAUCUUCAUUCUGUUUGACGGAAUAACCGAUCCGUGUUUCCCUACAAGCUUGGCUGGACUAGCUCUCAAUUGGUUCAAGAAUCUGGCUCAAGGCUCAAUCGCCAGUUUCCAGGACUUAUGCGAUAAGUUCAUAAGCCAGUAUUAUGGGAAUAAGCGCCUGGCUAAGGAUGUAUCAAGCCUUUUUACAAUGAAGCAGCAUGAGGAUGAGCGGCUCCAAGCUUUUCUCACCCGGUUCAACCUCGUUAAAAGCAUGGGGACGCCGUUCCACACCAGCUUGGUGGUUAAUACGCCAAAGACAAUGGACGAGCUGAACGAGAGAGCGGAUGGUUUUAUUCGCCUUGAGGAGGAAGAAGCAGCUAAUUCAAGGAAGACGUCAAUUAUUUCGACGGAGGAGAAGUCCAAAGCCAAGAUCCAGCAAAAACAAGCUCAACCGCAACGUCACCCCUCAUGGAAGGCGGAGAAGAGGCCCAGGGAGGAGGAAUCAGUCACUCCACUCAGAGUCACCUUAUCAAGGCUAUACCAAGAGAAUAAAGAUAAGUUUCGUCCUCCUCUGCCAAUCAGGCAACCUCUUGAACAGAGGGAUCAGACUAAACAUUGUGCUUUCUAUAGUGAUUUUGGGCAUCAGACUAACGAAUGCAGGAACCUAAGGAGGCAGGUAGAGAUGCUGAUCGCAAAUGGGGAGUUUGCAAGCUAUGUUCAGGGUCCGGCGCAAGAGCAUAACCGCCCGACUGAACAAAUCAAGCGGAACCAGAGGCCGAACCAACACAACUCUCAGCUCGUCCGGAUUAUAAAUGCAAUUCAUGGCCGGCUUGAACAAACGACGGAGUUAGAGGAGUUGCUCAGAAUGAGGUUAUGCUAG